AUGACCCAGGAAGAAGGGGAAGAAACACAUGCGGCUUUGCAUAGAAGCAGUGCAUGCUCAUUGACGCCUGGAUUGAGCAACAUCCCUGCUGGCGGCCGACGGUUAGAUUAUGACCCGGCACUACUGUCUUACUUUGAGCAGAUUAUAUGCAGUAGCUGCACACUUGUCGAUAAUGCGCAUUAUAAUCCUUACCGAUACUUGAUCCUCCCCAUGGCGUUGGAGUCGGAGGGACUUUACCACGCGACAUUGGCGCAGGCAGCCAAUACUCUUCGACUUUCCGACCCUCAAUACAGGCUUGCCGCUUUGGAGCAUCAUCAUCGGGCGCUGAACUACCUUCGGGAACUUCUGAAACUAUCUUAUUGGGCCGAUAAGGAGCUAGAUGAAAUGUUAGGACUAGUCCUCAUGCUGUAUUGGUUUGAUAUCUCUGAUAAUAGCAGACCAUCAUGGGUUACACAUCUCAAAGGAUUCCAGGACUUGAUCCAGACCCGCCAACAAAGACCGGGACGUUCAGCACAUAGCCAAGAAUUAACGUGUUUCUUCAGCCGCUAUUUUGCGUUCCACCUAGUUCUAGCCAGAACAGCAUUUCAAAUGAACUCUUUGCCUUCCUACCAGGACUCAACUAUCCCGGGCAAAUACUUGGAUUCUCCAGAUACGAUCGAUACAUACAUGGGAUUCACUCAUUCUCUUCUUCUUUUGAUAAAUGAAGUUGCGGACCUUGCUGGUAUUCCAGACGACGCUUCUUCAAUAGUAAAAGCCAUGGAUGUUUAUCAGUUGAAGAAGCGUAUUGAGACUAUCGACCAAAAACCUCCGAUAGAAUUCAUCAGUCCCGAUACCGAAUGCGCCGCAAUAGCCGAGGCAAACCGCCUUGGUGCACUUCUUCUGCUUCAUGAAAUUUGCUCCUCAAAGUCUGGACAACCAGAUUAUUCUUAUCUCCCAUCAUUCAAUCCAGAUGAGAAAGAUCGCUAUGUUGAGCAGAUCCUGCAACUCAUUUUAUCAAAGAAAGCAAAUAUGAUGCGCACUGCAGCGUUGCCUCUAUGGCCUCUCUUUUUGGCGGGAUGCUGUACUCGAAAUGAAGAAGAGCGAGUGACUGUGUUGAAAAUUUUUGAGGAAGUUGAAAGCAUUCGUCGGUUCGGAAAUGUCGCACCCGCUUUGGAAGUAGUCCAAAUGGUUUGGCGGCAGAAAGACCUGGCGGUACAGGAUGAGAGAAAAAGGUUUAAGAAUGGCCACCCACGCAAUGGAAAGGAUUCUUUGAAGAGUGCUCGUUUCUCAUGGGAAUAUGCUAUGACUAUGCUGGGUGGAUGGAAAGUCAGUUUAACUUGA